AUGAAGGGUUUCCCCGACCAGCUUCUGUUCGCUUGCGUGGCUUUGGCAGCCUACCUUACCCCAAGCACAGCUUUCAUUACCAACGAAUCAAUCAUCAUAAAUGGAGGCCAGCUUGAUGCUUGUGUCAAGGACCUAAGCCGGAAUGUGGAAAGAACUUGCGGGUUGACACCAAAUGCGACUGACUACGCCGAGGCCGUCGCUGCUGCUGUAAGGGAUUUCGUAGCGACAUGUCUGCGCCUGCAGGUGCAGCCCGAAAGGGCCCCACGCAUCCUGGUACCCCAAGCACCUGGCAUCCUAACGAUGCUACAGCGGCACGCUACCGAGUACGAGAGCAUCACGGGAGUGCGGGUGAUCCUGGACCCGGUAGAUUCGCUGCAGGUGGGGCAGGAGGCAAGGCAGGAGCUGAUGUCUAACCUUACGGAUCUUUCGGACGGCUGGGUGCUGGAUGCCGGGUCCACAGGGUUGGUCGCAGAGCUGCAGGGCUUUCAGAGCUUGAACGAAUAUGUUUCUGAGGAUUCUGACCUGGCCUGGACGGACGUCGGUCUCUUCUUCCGCCAAACAGCUGCAAUGUACGAUGGCCAGCUCGCUGACGAUCCUGAUCCUGGCCCUGAAACUGCAACAUUCCCCCUCCUCAAGGUCAUCGGCAUUCCUCUGGAUGGCGACCUCCUCCUAUUGUAUUACAGCACUUGGGGGGAUCUCGUAACUCUAGCCCGCAACAUGAACGGCACGGAUACCGACGGCGAUGGUCACGGCGACCUGUACGGCAUCUGCUUCGACGAUUCCGGGCCGCCGCCAGUCGGCAAAGCCGCUUUCCUGCUGUUUGCCAUGGCGGCACCGUACUUGCAGUACAAAGGUACGUCGCAGGGCACAUUUUUCGACCCGGAGACCAUGGCACCGCUGGCGGACAAUGCCGCGAUGGCUCAGGCUGUACGGCACUACCUGGCGCUGAGGGCACUUGACCCGAAAGAGGCUGAGCAGGGCUGUGGCGGCGGGGCCGGCGGGGACGGUGACGGCGAGGCCCCGGCGUUCCGGCGAGGGUGUUGCCUUAUGACCGUUGACUGGGGUGACGAAUUUAAGGCUAGCGCGGCGCUGCUGUCCACAGCUGCCACAACAACCGAAACUGAAAUGAACAACGGCUCCGUGGCAACUGUAAACGGCUUCACAAAGCCCCGACAGCAGCUGUACGACGGCCGCAUCGCACUUGUCAACUUCGCGCCGUACAGCGCCUUCGGUGGGUGGAUGGGGGCCGUGUCAAGGUUCGCGCCGCCUUUGUACCGCCGUCGCGUGUACGACUUUUUUGCGUUCGUGGCGGCGCCCACCAACAGCUGGCGCGACGUGCUCGACGCCAGUACGGACAUCGAUCCGUACAGGAUAAGUCACGUGCGCGACGACGGGGACGACGGGGAAGACUUUGGGCGGUGGCUGGCUGCGGGUUAUGACCGUGACGCGACGCGGGAUUACCUGACUGCGAUCCGGGAGGCUCUCGGCUCCGAAAACACCGUGCUGGAUAAUCGGCUGCAGUACGUCGGCGAGCCGUACCGGCUGUACUAUGAGUACGGCCUAAGCAACCUGACGUCGAAGGCAGCACCUGACUUGACGGUGGAGUCCGUGCUGCGGAACAUUCAAGCUCAGCUGACCGCAGCUAUAGCUCGAGUUGUUGGCGGCGUGGCGCAGCUCCAGAACCAAUACUGCAAGCUCAUCGGCUGCCGGGUGAAACCCAUUGAUGGCGGCAGCGGCGAUAUCGAGUCCAGCACCACCCUCUGGGAGCUGCUCUCUGAGGAUGUGAUGGGCCGCGCUGUGGAGGUGCACCACGAUCUCAUUCGAACUUCUCUGGCUAAGUGCUCGGGACAGGGUGACUCGUUCAUUUGUGCUUUCCACUCGGCAUCGGACGCUGUUCGGUGUGCGACUCAAAUUCAGCUGGCGUUGCUGUCGGCGCCCUGGCCUCCGGAGCUACUGUCCUGCGGCGCUCUGGCGGCAGUGGCGGAGGUCGCCGUUAGCCCCGGGUUGCGAUGUGGUGAGGUGGCGGCCAUGUUGUCGGCGGACAGCCGCGCCGGCGGCGGCGGAGCUGGCGGUGGCGGCCUCUGCUCGCGUCUCUCCAAUCCCUCCGCCGGGUUACAUUUCCCGCCACUGCAUCUCCUGCAGAACCAGAAGCACGCCGGGAGAUACAGCAAUAUGCAGAAGCAGCAGGAGACGCAGCAACAGCAGCAACAGGAACACCGAAUGCGGCUGGGGAAGUAUCCGUUUGGGCUCCGACGGCCGCCCGGGCAAACUGCCGCUGCAGGGCUCUUGGGCGACGGUACGUCAAUUUACGCUCAGACGCCGCUGACGCCGCCGCCAGCAGUGGCGGCUUCGGCGGUUGCGGGCGCGUCCGGGAUGUCGACGCAAACGGCGACCAGUGGCUGCGGCGGCGCAGCUGCCGGCGACGUCACGGCCGCUUCCGUGCUAAUUUCUCAAGACGUGUCGCCAGUUCCCAGCGGUCCCCUCUUAGGGCUUACGUUAAAAGCGGACGACGAACUCCAUCCCGAGGGUAUGCCUGCGCGGCAUUUGGUCAACGCUGGCGGCAGUGGCGGCGGUGGCGGCAGCGCAUACGGCUGUGCCGGCCCUGGCCGCUGGGUUCGCUGCUGCUGCUACUACCAGUGUGGCAACGGCCACGCUGCCUCUGCCGCCCAUGGCAGUGGCAGCGGCGUCGGCGGCGCCGGCGGCCAUGUAUCUGCUGGCGCCGGCCCCGCGCCGCCAGCCCCUCGGCUGCCGCCGGCGCCGAAACGCCCGAGGGCCAACCUGGCGUCAUCAAUCCUGCGCAGCUUCAGCAGCGGGCUGACAACCCACCAUCCAGACAUUGCGGCGCUAUCGCCACCGGCAUCAGCGCUGGCGCCAUCACCCUACAGCGGCUAUAGUGGCGGCGGCGACGGCCAGCGCUCUACCUUUGUCGCUGACUGCGAAGCAAUGUCUGCUAGGCCUAGCGGCCAGCUGUCGACGCUGCUGCCAUCUUCAACCGCCAUUUUUGAUCCGCAGAGCCUAGAUGGCAACGUCGUCUGCUCAGUUCUGGAUUUACUUAAGCAAGCCUGGCUUGGCGGCACCUCCACGCGCCUGCACGGGCAUCAUCCGCCGCCAUCUCCAGGCCCUGUCCUUACCGCCAACCCAAUACAACCCUCAAGCCAUAACAUGAGCGCGAGAAUCAGCGCGAGUGGCAGUGGCGCAAGUGGAGGAGCAUUGGCGGCGGGAACCUCCGCCGCCGCCACCGCCGUUGCCGACUCGCCAACGUGCGCCGCGGCGUCUUCAGCUUCAGCUUCCCAGAGCCACACCAUGACCGUCUCACAACUUGCACUACCAGCACCGCCGCUGCCAAAUCAGCUACAGCUACAGCUACAGCUGCAACUAAAGCCGCAGGAGUCGCCUCAUCCGCCGCCGUCAGGGAGCGCGUCGCCGGCGCCGUCCGUGCUUCGAGCGCUCAUAGAGCGAAGGACGCGUGAUGGCGGCGGCAGCUGCUGCGAGGACGCCGUACCCGGCGGUGGCAACGGCGGCCGCAUCACGCUGUACCGCGGCCUCCGUGUACGGAUCGGUAUGGCUAGCGGGUUGCACAGCGGUACGGAUCUGUCGUACGUCCCCGGUGAGGCCCGAGUCCUUCUAAGCAGCACGACCUUUGCAGAGCUGCGACAGGAGGAGUCGUUAGGCGCCCGCCAUAAGGCCGCCGGUGGAGGCGGUGGCAGUAGCCGUGGCAAUCGCCAUGGCAGUAGCAGUAGCCAUUCGACCUGCCGUAGCAGUGGCAGCAGCCAGCUCCUAGUGAUACAUAUGGGGCAACAUGAGCUAUUAGAAGGCGAGGAAGUGGGGCUGGCGCCCCAGCAAGUGUACCAGGCGGUGGCGUCACCGCUGAUGGGCCGAUUGGCCUUGCUCCCGCCUCUGAAAGUCAGGACAACCUUCGCCCCGGGGGUGCUGGAGGCCCCUGUUGGCGCGGCGGCCGUUGCCUUCUCGUACACUGUGGGCGCAGACAGCCUCAUGUCGUGGGACGCUAAUGUAGCCCGGCAGGCCCUGAGCCUCCUAGAAGACACGUUCGCAGAGGAAGUGAUGCGCGUCAACGCAGCAGGCGCUGGCGGAUAUAUCGCGGAAGCCAGUGGCGGUUUGCUCCUGACGGCGUUCACUGAUCCGACCUUGGCGGUCUCAUGUUGCCUGGCGGUGAUGACGGCCUUGCCGGGGCUUUCCUGGCCGGGAGCACUACUGGGCCAUGCUCUUUGCGAGGAGCUGACGGUAGCUGGGCUGGACGAGACCUGCCAACCCGUGGAGCGCGUGCUGUUCAGAGGACUUCGGAUCAAGGCCGGAUUGGAUUAUGGUCCCGUCAGGGCCGCCGUCAACGCCGCCACGGGCCGCCUGUCGUACAGAGGCCGCGUCAUGAACCGGGCGGCAAGGAUAGCCGGCAAGGCCACGGCUGGGCAGAGCCCAUACCGUCAGCAGCAGCAGCGGCAGCAGCGCCCCGUAGCCGCCAUCAGCCUGGGCACCGUCCACCUCAGGGGGGUUCCGGAGCCCGUCGAGCUCCUGGUUUGCCGCCACGCGCCGCCUCCAAUACGCGUAAACACCGUAACUGGGUUGGUGGUGGGCGAGCCGGAGGUGCUCGAAACCGGGGCCACUGAGGUUGAAGACGGACUGGGUAUUUGA